AUGGUCAGCACAAAACCAAUAUUCCAAACCAAGUUGGGGGGUAUUUGCUUCUGGAACAUAUCUAUCGAUGAGAAGCAAGGACAGAUGCUCUCCGAUACUUGGGAAGCUAGCCGGGUCAAUCCCAAAUUGAGAACAAACCUAUAUCGCGGCCUCUCCAGGGUCAUGAUAAGUCUUGCUCAAUAUUCCUUCCCUAGAAUAGGAUCCUUGGUCAUUGACGACCAUGGAUUCGUCCAGUUGGAGAGCCGGCCUCUCACGCUUGAUAUCCAUACUUCGGAGAACGAGGGAAUUCCCAUUCCCAUGCCAAGAGAUCGCACCUAUCAUACAGUCGAUGCACAUAGUAAUAUCCUUGUGGAUGAGGAUUGGAAUGUCAAACAUAUCAUCGACCUUGAAUGGGCUGCAGUCCUCCCCUUGACCUUUAUGCAGCCUCUAUCUUGGCUCACCAACGAACCUGUGGAUAUGAUCUCCCUUGACUCUUACAGCGAGCAACGUGAAGAAUUCAUGGCGGCCUUCGAACAGGAAGAGAGGUCUAUGUCUCAUUGCGAAUGCAUCCGAUACUCUUCCGCAAUGAAUCGCAGCUGGGAGAUUGGCACAUUUUGGUAUAUACUUGCUUUGCAAAACCCCACUGCCCUUCAUGCCAUCUUCUACAACAGAAUCCAGGCAGUUUUCAGCAAGGAACAUUGUGACGACGAGGAUUUCUAUCUCGAAACUUAUCCUUAUUGGACGCAUUGCGCGAAUGAUUUCAUUAUGAUGAAAAUCAAAUAG